AUGGGGGCGGUUCUCAGGCCAACUUGGGGACCCUCGGUCCCCUUCCCCCCCUGGGGGCGGCUCUCAGGCCAACUUGGGGACCCUCGGUCCCCUUCCCCCCCUGGGGGCGGCUCUCAGGCCAACUUGGGGACCCUCUGUCCCCUUUCCCCCCCUGGGGGCGGCUCUCUGGCCAACUUGGGGACCCUCGGGGCACUGGAGGGGCGAGCGGGGGCGGUGGAGGUGGAGGUGGAGGCGGCGGGGGGAGUGGGGGUGGCGGUGGAAGUGGUGGUGGGGGUGGAGGUGUCGGUGGCGGCAGUGGAGGCGGAGGCGGCGGCAGCGGUGGCGGUGGGAGCGGAGGUGGCGGAGGUGGCGGCGGUGGAGGAGGCGGCGGUAGUAGCGGAGGAGGCGGAGGCGGCGGAGGCGGCGGGGGUGGCGGUGGAGCUGGUCGCGGGUGUGUCCCAGUCGGUCGGCGCUGCGUCUGCCCCGAGCGGGAGACGCCGCACCGGCAAGGGCAAGGGGUGCAAGGGCACUGGAGGAGGUGGAGGGGGCGGUGGAGGUAGUGGUGGAGGCGGUGGAGGGAGUGGGGGUGGUGGUGGGAGUGGUGCUGGGGGUGGCGGCGGCGGCGGCAGCAGUGGAGGCGGCGGAGGCCGUGGAGGUGGUGGAGGGAGCGGAGGCGGCGGAGGUAGUGGAGGAGGCGGAGGUUGA